UGUUCUCCUGAACUCUCACCUCUGUUACAAGCCUGAAUAAGAUUAAAUGAGACAGAAUAAGAGUAUUACAGAAUUUGUCCUCCUGGGCUUCUCUCAGGAUCCUGAUGUGCAAAAAGCAUUAUUUGUCAUGUUUUUACUCACAUACUUCAUGACAAUGGUGGGGAACCUGCUCAUUGUGGUGACUAUUAUUGCCAGCCCUUCCUUAGGUUCCCCAAUGUACUUCUUCCUUGCCUGCCUGUCAUUUAUAGAUGCUGCAUAUUCCACUAUCAUUUCUCCCAAAUUGACUGUGGACUUACUCUGUGACAAAAAGACUAUUUCCCUCCCAGCUUGCAUGGGCCAGCUAUUUAUAGACCACUUAUUUGGUGGUGCUGAGAUCUUCCUCCUGGUGGUGAUGGCCUAUGAUCGCUAUGUGGCCAUCUGUAAGCCCCUGCACUAUUUGACCAUCAUGAAUACACAGGUUUGCAUCCUUCUGUUGGUGUUGGCCGUGACUGGAGGUUUUGUUCAUUCUGUGUUUCAAAUUGUUGUUGUGUACAGUCUCCCUUUCUGUGGCCCCAAUGUGAUUGACCACUUUGUCUGUGACAUGUACCCGUUAUUGAAACUGGCAUGCACUGACACCUACUUUAUAGGCCUCACUGUGGUUUUCAAUGGUGGAGCAAUCUGUAUGAUCAUCUUUACCCUUCUUCUAAUCUCCUAUGGAGCCAUCCUAAACUCCCUUAAAACUUACAGUCAGGAAGGGAGGCGUAAAGCCCUGUCUACCUGCAGCUCCCACAUCACCGUGGUGGUCCUGUUUUUCGUUCCCUGUAUUUUCAUAUAUGUUAGACCAGUUUCAAACUUUCCUAUUGAUAAAUUUAUAACUGUGUUUUAUACAGUUAUCACACCCAUGUUGAAUCCCUUAAUAUACACAUUGAGAAAUUCAGAGAUGAGAAAUGCUUUAGAAAAACUCUUGUGUAAAAGCUAACUACAGUUAGAAUAAGAGUGUUCCUCUUCAUGUAGAUAAGGAGGCAUGUAUUCAAGGUCUUCCCAGUGAGGUAUUCAGAUUUCUAAGGGUAAGUCAAGGAUAUCAAAGUGAGAAGACAGGAUUUGGAGGCUUAUGGCCCAAUUAAGAAGUCAUCUCAUCAUGGCAUCUGAUUGAAGUUCAAGAUCUCAACAUCUAUAUCCAGCCUGAGUGUGGAUGGGGCUCCAUGGGUGCAGUUGCUAUUGUGCGUGUGUUAAAUUAUAUUUUUUCCUAUUUACAGAUCUUUGAGAUAGGGUAUUUCUUCCAUAUGCCUAGCACACAAUGGGGAAAGGGAGGAAUAGGUAAUAAAAUGGAGGCUCCUGUUCAAAACAAAAUGCUAUGGUGCUUCCUUUAGUGUAGUUUAUUUAAAGACUUUGUAGAAUAUACAAUCAUCAUAUUCACAAAUAUUUUUGAAACUAGCCCUUCUCAGACUUGAACUGAAACACUGUAUGCUGUCAGAUAAACUCUUAAGAAUCUGAGAAUUGUUUGUCUAAUUUAAGGUACUUAUGAUACACAGCGUUAAAUUUUUCUGCAUUCUCUCCAAGUCUUACAUCCACAUGUUUGAAAUGGCAUUUAUUUUGAUGACCUUUCUUGCUUUUAGAGUACUUAGCUCUUUGCAGAGACUGGAAAGGGGAACCAGUGUUAUCUUUGAAGCCAGCAGUUUCUGGUUCUUUUAUGCUUCUUGUAAAUUCUGUCUGAAAAAUGUAACAUUUAAUCUUUUCAUUAAUUAAAAAAAUCUAUUAUUAUA